UGAUCUUAUUAUUAUAGUAAAAAAAAGCAUAGUCUAUAGUUUAACUAUAACACAAUUUCAAUUCAAUGGCUAUCUCUUGUUACACCUUCAUCACUCCUUCUACACCCUCUCUUUCUCUUCACAUCCAUAGUUCAACACAUCUUCCCCAUAGAGUUUCUUAUACAAAUGCUUCUUUAAGUUCUUCAUCUUCCUCCAAUGAUUCCAAAGCACCAUCAUCAUCACUGAGUGUGCCUUCUUCAACUACAUCAACUCCUUAUGUUGAAUCUAGGCCACCUGAGCCUGCCUUUAACUAUGCAUAUGCCAACUCCAAUGGCAACCCACUUGUUAGGAUGGUUCGAAAUAUCGAGUCUACCAUCGAAAGGGUCAUUUUCGACUUCCGUUUCUUUGCACUCCUUGCUGUUGGAGGUUCCUUGGCUGGCUCACUCCUCUGCUUUCUAAAUGGUUGUGUGUAUAUUGUUGACGCAUACAAAGUCUAUUGGUCCAGCUGUGUCAAAGGAGUUCACACUGGAAAGAUGGUUCUGAGGCUAGUUGAAGCAAUUGAUGUUUAUCUUGCUGGUACUGUUAUGUUGAUUUUUGGUAUGGGCUUAUAUGGAUUGUUCAUCAGCAACACACCUCCCGAUGUAUCGCCUGCCGUCGAUCGUGCUCUUAAAGGAUCAUCUCUCUUUGGAAUGUUCGCUUUGAAGGAGAGGCCUAAGUGGAUGAAAAUAAGCUCACUUGAUGAAUUGAAGACAAAAGUUGGACACGUUAUUGUAAUGAUUCUUCUUGUAAAAAUGUUUGAGAGGAGCAAAAUGGUUGUCAUUGCCACAGGAUUGGAUUUACUUAGUUAUUCAGUUUGUAUUUUCUUAUCAUCUGCUUCUUUGUAUAUCCUUCAUAAUCUGCAUAAGCAAGAUUAAAAUGUAGUAAGCAUUGUCAAAUUCUCAAUUCAUAUUUGUAAGUGAACACUCAUAUGAUCAAGAAUAUUAUUACCAUUGAAAUCUUCUAUUCAUUAUC